CUCCUUACAUAUAUAAGACCGCAGCUCAGUAACAUGAAUUGAAGAUACAAGCAUGAUGAAGUUUGUGGUCCUGGCUGUUCUCAUUGCUGGCGCCUAUGGGUGUGGGCUGCCCACUAUCAGACCAGUGGUGACGAGGGUGGUGGGAGGCGUGGAUGCCAUACCCAACAGCUGGCCCUGGCAGAUCUCUCUCCAGUACACCAGCAAUGGCAACUGGUACCAUACCUGUGGAGGUACUCUGAUUUCCAGUGACUGGGUCCUCACUGCUGCUCACUGUAUCAGCAGUAGCAAGACCUACAGGGUGGAGCUAGGCAAGCACAACCUGAAGGAGACGGAGGCGGCGUCUGUGACCAUUCCUGCCGGCAAGAUCAUCGUUCACGAGAAAUGGAACCCCUUCUUCAUCCGUAACGACAUCGCGCUGAUAAAGCUGGAGACUCCCGUCACCGUUGGCGACGCCAUCAUGCCCGCGUGUCUUCCUGAGGCUGGCUUCAUCCUGCCCCAUAACGAGGCCUGCUACGUCACUGGCUGGGGACGCCUCUACACCGGCGGCCCCAUCGCGGACAUCCUCCAGCAGGCUCUCCUCCCCGUGGUGGACUUCGCCACCUGCACCCGGCCCGACUGGUGGGGCAGCCAGGUGAAGGACACCAUGGUGUGCGCGGGCGGGGACGGCGUCGUGUCCGGCUGCAACGGAGACUCCGGUGGCCCCCUGAACUGCCAGAGCGCCGACGGGUCCUGGGAGGUCCACGGCAUCGUGAGCUUCGGUUCCGGCCUCAAGUGCAACCUCGCCAAGAAGCCCACCGUCUUCACCCAAGUCAGCUCUUACAUCGACUGGAUCAACGCUAACAUGGUCAGCUACUAAGGACAGAGAGCACAUAAGCUGUAAACCAGAACACCAGUGUCAUCAUACACGAGAAAGAUCCAUCAAUAAACUUCUCCAAUAAACUGA